AUGGAGCAAGAUGGUGGUGGUUGUAGUCGCGGUGGUGGUGAUGGACGAAGAGGUGAGAUUAACAAGCAAGCUCAUAAUCAUUCUCAGCCUCAGAAGUGUCCUAGGUGUGAUUCAUUCAACACCAAGUUUUGCUAUUACAACAACUAUAGCCUCUCUCAGCCCCGUUUCUUCUGCAAAACAUGCAGAAGAUACUGGACUCAGGGAGGAACAUUGAGAAAUGUUCCUGUUGGUGGUGGUUGUCGUAAGGGAAAGAGACCUAAAACUUCAGCCACGAGUUCUUCUGGAAUUUCCAUUGGAAAUUCUUCUCUCACUCAUGCUCAUGCUCAUGCUCAUGCUCAGUCAGCGCUGCAACAGUCGACUGAUCAGUCGACUAUGGCUGCGCUGACUAGAGACCCUUCUUCAGUUUUAUCUUCUUUUUCCUCUACUGUUCCUUUUUAUCAAGGUGGUGUUGGUUAUAUGUCGUCUUUUGCGGCAUUUAAUCCGUCUCUGAAUCCGAAUCUAUCACCUCACGGUUUUAAUCCGUCACUAAAUGCCCCUGGACUUGGUUCUUCUUCAAAUUUGGGUCUUUUACAAGGCUUUAACGUUGCUGCUGCUCUUGGAAAUUCAACACAAGGACAAAACCGUCCAUCUCAGUUUUUUCAAAUGGGUGGUAACUGUGGACCAAUGUUUACAUCAGAACAACAAGGUUUGAAUUUGGUUCCACCAUCAAAUAUGGUUAAUCCAAGUUCUGUUUCCGGUUCCGGUUCCGUUGCUGCUGAUAAUUGGCCUCACACCUACAUCAACAAUAUAAACAACAAUAGAAUCUCUGAACAAUCUCUGUGGAGUACUGUCAGCACCACUUCAAUUUCUGCUGCUAAUUCUGAUAGGAAUGGUGCCAGUAGCGGCGUAGACGGUGUUUCAGCUUCUUUGGGUCCAAAUCAAUGGCCUGAUCUCUCAGGAUUCAACCCUCCUCACUGA